AUGGCAUCCAUAGAAAUAAGUAAUAUCUAUCUAUCUAUCUAUCUAUCUAUCUAUCUAUCUAUCUAUCUAUCUCUGGUCAUAACUAUUUUUUACUACCCCUCUCUCUCACACACUCUCUCGGUCGCUCUCUAUCGCCACUAUCCAUUAAGCCACCGUGCCUCCUCUCUCUCACCCUCUCUCUUUCUAUCUAUCUAUCUAUCUAUCUAUCUAUCUAUCUAUCUAUCUAUCUAUCUAUCUAUCUAUAUAUAUAUAUAUAUAUAUAUAUAUAUAUAUAUAUAUCUGCAUCACCCGCGUUAUUUUUUUUUUCUUCGCGGCGUGCACCGUCUUACAGCUCACUACCUCACUACGGCCAAUGAUCAUCAUCACCUCCCCCCCACCUCUCUUGCCAGUAAUAACAACAAAAACAACGAAUCGUUGACUUCUUGCGAUUCUCUGUCUUUCUCGCAGAUAUCCUUAUCUUUCCUUUUUUUUUCUCGGCACGUAUUUUUUCGGCUUAAAAUAACCAUAAAAUUCUAUCUAUCUAUCUAUCUAUCUAUCUAUCUAUCUAUCUAUCUAUCUAUCUUAUUCAUAACUAUCUAA